GCCCGCCCCCCGCCGCCAAUGCCGGUGGCCCUUCCAGUCGCGUUACUAUCCAGAGAUUCAUCCGUACCAGGGACGGAGGGAGAGAGGAGGGGAGAGGGAGGAGGGGACACACACACACACACACACACACGGGGGUGUGGGGAGAGAGAGAGACUGCCUCCAGCUGCUCUCGCUGGAGAAAGGGAGUGACCCAAGGGGCCGCGAGUGAAGGGGCAAGAUGGCUUAGGCACCUCUGCCCAAACGACCCCACGACAGGGAGAGGUUCCAGCUACAGCUCCUCCGUGGGGUCAUGGCAGGGGCUGGGGAGUCCCCCCGAAAUCCCUGAGCGCCCCUUGCACUGCCGCUAAGGGACACCUCAGAAGUUAGCCUCAGUGGGACUCGGCAGCUCCGAUCUCAACAACAUCCCAGCUAUGGCUGGCGAUUCUAGGAAUGCCAUGAACCAGGGCAUGGAGAUUGGAGUUACUCCCUGGGACCCCAAGAAGAUUCCCAAACAGGCCCGCGAUUACCUCCCCAUUGCCACAGACCGCACACGCCUGCUGGCCGAGGGCAAGAAGCCGCGCCAGCGCUACAUGGAGAAAAGCGGCAAGUGCAACGUGCACCACGGCAACGUGCAGGAGACCUACCGGUACCUGAGCGACCUUUUCACCACCCUGGUGGACCUCAAGUGGCGCUUCAACCUGCUCGUCUUCACCAUGGUUUACACUGUCACCUGGCUGUUCUUCGGCUUCAUUUGGUGGCUCAUUGCUUAUAUCCGGGGCGACCUGGACCACGUUGGCGACCGAGAGUGGAUUCCUUGCGUUGAAAACCUCAGUGGCUUCGUGUCCGCUUUCCUGUUCUCCAUUGAGACCGAAACGACCAUUGGGUACGGCUUCCGAGUCAUCACUGAGAAGUGCCCAGAGGGGAUCAUACUCCUGUUGGUUCAGGCCAUCCUGGGCUCCAUCGUCAAUGCCUUCAUGGUGGGGUGCAUGUUUGUCAAGAUCAGCCAGCCCAAGAAGAGAGCGGAGACCCUCAUGUUUUCCAACAACGCGGUCAUCUCCAUGCGGGACGAGAAGCUGUGCCUCAUGUUCCGGGUGGGUGACCUCCGCAACUCCCACAUAGUGGAGGCCUCCAUCCGCGCCAAGCUCAUCAAGUCCCGGCAGACCAAAGAGGGGGAGUUCAUCCCCCUGAACCAGACCGACAUCAACGUGGGCUUCGACACGGGCGACGACCGCCUCUUCCUGGUGUCUCCCCUCAUCAUCUCCCAUGAGAUCAACGAGAAGAGCCCUUUCUGGGAGAUGUCUCAGGCUCAGCUGCAUCAGGAGGAGUUCGAAGUCGUGGUCAUUCUAGAAGGGAUGGUGGAAGCCACAGGGAUGACCUGCCAAGCCAGGAGCUCCUACAUGGAUACAGAGGUGCUCUGGGGCCACCGAUUCACACCAGUCCUCACCUUGGAAAAGGGUUUCUAUGAGGUGGACUACAACACCUUCCACGACACCUAUGAGACCAACACACCCAGCUGCUGUGCCAAGGAGCUGGCCGAAAUGAAGCGGGAAGGCCGGCUCCUCCAGUACCUCCCCAGCCCCCCACUGCUGGGGGGCUGUGCUGAGGCAGGGGUGGAUGCAGGGGCUGAGCAGAAUGAGGAAGAUGAGCCCAAGAGGCUGGGCUUCAUCAAUCUUCUUAUGAAAAAGAGUACCACUGCAGCAGUAAAAAUUCACUCAAUAAAAUGGACUUGACCUUGCAGAACUCCUUCUCAUUUUAAACAGACGGCCACCAGUUUCCCGUUUAGACUCAUUGCCAGUUUUAGAAACCUUGUUUUUCUUGGUUUUGUUAGCCUAAAAAUGUAGUAUCAACAUCUAGACUGGUUUCAAGGUGGAAGAAUGGGCAAAGGUGGGGUGGAGACGGCCGGACGGGGGCAGCUGCACCAGGUGUUUGGAGGUAGAGUUGGUGACAGAUGUGGGGGGUGCGGGCAGUGUGGCUUCUCACAUUAAGUCAUUCGUUCCAGCCCCAAAUACCUUGUGUACAUUCUUUAAUGUCAAAUACUCAGAACCCACAUUACCUACAUAAUGAGUAACUUUAAAAAUAUCUACUUUAGGGGGCUACUGGACUAGCAUUCUGCUUUCGGGGCAUAAAUUUGCAAAACGAUUGCUCUUGCUGAACAGUAGGGAGGGGGCAGAGGAGGCUGUGAUACCUCAUGGUGGCGAAGGAUCUCAGGAUCUUUCAAGAGAAGUCCCAAAGUUUCCGUUGAAAAUGUCCUUAGCAGUAGAGGAUGUGAUAUUGGCUUCUCUUCUGCUCUGGUCACCCAGUGGUAAUAUUGAAGAGCUAAAAUUUACUGAAAAUCCCUCAUGGACACCAUCCUGAAAGGAUAAGGGGGAUCACCAGGGCUCUGGUUCAAAAUGAGAGGCAGUGUUUUCAGUUGGGAAAGGCAGCACAGCCCUGAUGUGUGUGGCGGUGUUUCCCUUGCCCCAUGGCCCACCCACGGUAAUCGGGCAUCGGUGAAUCUGUGCUUGGAACUUGGGCCAAAAGCACAUGCUGAGCCUCAGACUCAGCCAUGAACAAGAGUAUCUGGUGACACUGAGGGUGAAUUGCCUUCACGGUGGGAAAGACCCACACAAAGGCAAGAUAGGAGCUCUGGGGAUGGCCCUUGCCUGGGGAUGGGUACAUUUACUUACUGUUCAGUGUCAGAAUGGAGACAUGAGUUCAGGGGAAACGGUGAAUCUGUGAAUUUGCACAUUUGCCAGUCAAGCUCAGAUUGCAAUUUGAGGAAGGAGAACUAGACACACAAUCUAAUAAAAGCAACAAUCUGAAU